ACAUGUUCGGGGUGUCCGGGCGGAUUCAGAAGGAGCGGCAGCGGGCCAGUGGUCUGGGCUCUGUCCAACAGGCUGUGUGCUACCUGAACCAGGACUUCCAGGCUCUGAAGUUGGACUGUACUCAGCGUGGACUUCUCUUUGAAGAUCCCCUGUUCCGGGCAGAGCCGGCCUCAUUGGGUUUCAAGGAGCUUGGACCUUUUACGGCGAAGACACAAGGAGUCGAAUGGAAAAGACCCACCGAACUGAAGCAUGACCCUGACUUCAUUGUGGGCGGGGCCACUAGGACUGACAUCUGUCAAGGAGCCCUGGGGGACUGCUGGCUGCUGGCGGCCAUCGGCUCGCUGACCCUGAACCAGACGCUGCUGCACCGCGUGGUUCCGCACGGACAGAGCUUCAGCUGCGAUUACGCCGGCAUCUUCCACUUCCAGUUCUGGCAGUUCGGUGAGUGGGUGGACGUGGUGAUUGACGACCGUCUGCCCGUCAAAGACGGAGAGCUGAUGUUUGUCCACUCGGCUGAAGGCAGCGAGUUCUGGAGCGCCCUGCUGGAGAAAGCCUAUGCCAAGUUAAACGGCUCCUACGAAGCCUUGUCCGGCGGCAGCACCACCGAAGGAUUUGAGGACUUCACGGGCGGCGUGUCGGAGAUGUACGAGCUGAAAAAGGCUCCCAGAGACCUUCACCGCAUCAUCUCUAAAGCCCUGGAAGGAGGAUCUCUGCUGGGCUGCUCCAUAGACAUCAGCAGCGCCUUUGACAUGGAGGCUGUCACCUUCAAGAAGUUGGUCAAAGGCCACGCGUACUCGGUUACGGGACUCAGACAGGUGGAGUACCGUGGUUGUCAGGAGCGUCUGAUCCGGAUCAGGAACCCCUGGGGUCAGGUUGAGUGGACCGGUGCCUGGAGUGAUAACUCCUCUGAGUGGGAUGCCAUUGACCCGGCGGAGAAACAGGAAGUCCUCUGUCAGGUGGAGGAUGGAGAGUUUUGGAUGUCCUAUCAGGAGUUUCUCCGUCAGUUCUCCAGGUUGGAGAUCUGUAAUCUGACCCCGGACGCUCUCAGUCAGGACUCCACCAGUUUUUGGACCACUGUUAUGUUUGAGGGCAGCUGGAGGAGAGGAAGCACAGCUGGAGGCUGCAGGAACAACCCCAAUACAUUCUGGAUCAACCCUCAGUACAAGAUCAGUUUGCUGGAAGAGGACGAUGACCCCGAGGAUGACGAGGCAGCCUGCAGCUUUCUUGUGGCUCUGAUGCAGAAGGAUCGCCGCCGUUUCCGCCGCCACGGGCAGGAUAUGCAAACUAUCGGCUUCGCCAUCUAUGAGAUUCCUGAGGAGUUCCGAGGCUGUCCGAGUGUCCACCUGAAGAAGGACUUCUUCCUGCGACACUCGUCCUGCGCUCGCUCUGAGACCUUCAUCAACCUGCGUGAGGUGAGUGCUAGGCUCCGCCUCCCACCAGGUGACUACCUCAUCGUCCCUUCGACCUUUGAGCCCAACAAGGAAUCCGACUUUGUCCUGAGGGUUUUCACAGAGAAACAGUCUGAGACUGAGGAGAUGGACGACCAGGUGGUGGCGACCUUUGAUGAUGAGGAGGAGAUCUCAGAGGGUGACGUCGACGAUUCUUUCAGGUCCAUGUUCGCUCAGCUGUCAGGAGAUGACAUGGAGAUCUCAGUCCGAGAGCUCAGGACCAUCCUGAACAGAGUCGUGUCCAAACACAGAGACCUGCAGACAGAUGGAUUCAGCACGGAGUCCUGCAGAGCCAUGAUCAGCCUCCUGGACAAGGAUGGCAGUUCUCGUCUCGGUCUGCUGGAGUUCCAGCUUCUCUGGAACAAGAUCAGGAAGUGGCUGGGAAUCUUCCGCCUCUUCGAUCUGGAUAAAUCGGGCUGCAUGAGUUCCUACGAGAUGCGCCUGGCAUUGGAAAAUGGCGGAUUCCGACUGAAUAACCGUUUGUACCAGGUGCUGGUCGCGCGGUACGCUGACCACGAUGUCAUCGACUUUGACAGCUUCACGUGCUGCCUGCUCAAACUGGAGGCCAUGUUCAAGGCCUUCUGUGAGCUGGACCGCGACGGGACAGGAACUGUCGAGAUGAACAUUGCAGAGUGGCUGUGUUUGACCAUGUGUGGUUAACGGAAAGUCCACGUGUCUACAACAGGAAGACGUCUAUCGAACAAUCCUCAAACACUCCCACACCGUGCUAACACGCUAACCUCUUAGCACUAAAGCAUGUUUAUUCAGACUUGAAUUAUUGAAUGUUUAUUCGUAUC